ACCGACGUGCUUCUUCCCCGAAGGCUACGGCUACCUCAAGGAGAGCGAAUGAACGCCACGUGAACGGGACCGGAUUCACGGCGCAUCUGAGGAGACCAGACUUACCGCCGUUGUUUGGCGGAGAAUUCAACGAGGUCGUCGUCAACGUUUCCUUCCUGACGCCUUGUAGGCUUCGUGUGCAAAUGAUACCUGAAGGUCUCAACUGGCAAUCGAAUAUUGUUGAUGACGAAAACUCACAACGCUGCAACGAAAACGACACUGCCUACGAAGUCUCACAAACGGAGUCUGGAGGGUCAUUUGGCGUUGUCGUGAGGCGGAAAGAAAACCGCACGGUAAUAUUUGAUACCAGGCUACCGGGAACAGUGCUCGCGGAACAGUUUCUACAGGUUUCCACACGAUUGACAACAGCAAACGUAUUCGGCCUCGGAGGUCUUUCCACGAAGGGGACGCUCAAACACGACAUCAACUGGAAGACAAUAACAUUUUUCAACAGGAGAAGCCAGAACAGACCAAGCGAGUAUUUCGGUGUGCAUCCUUUCUACAUGGUGGUCGAAGAGGAUGGAAAAGCGAACGGCGUAUUUCUGAGGAACAGCAAUGCAAUGGAUGUUUUGUUGCAGCCUGAGAAUGUGAUCACGUUCAGAACGACUGGAGGCACGCUCGAUUUCGAAAUCUUCCUUGGCGACAGUCCCGACGACGUUGUGCGUCAGUUCACGGAGCUAGUUGGAAGACCAGCAAUGCCUCCUUUCUGGGCCCUGGGACAUCACAUCAGCCUGGAUUCUGAGGACGAGCUUUCACAAGUCUGGCCCCUGCUGCAGCAGCUGCGCAAGGAAGGCAUCCAAGUGGCAGCCUUGCAUCUCAAUGAAGGUUUCACAACCGAAACGAUUCUAACCGACGACUCGUCGAGUGUGGACAAAAUCCGAAAACUCCGGAACCAGACAGAAAGUUCCGGCAUAAGAUACCUGCUCCGAGCCGAUCCUCUGCUACCAUCAUCAGCGGAGCAUAUGAUCCCUCUAAUAUUGAGUGAAGGUAUCAAGAGCGACGUCGCUUUUGUAGACUUUACGAACCCGGACGCCGAGAAAGGGUGGACAGAACGUCUGAAGUCGCUAAAGGAGGCGGUAGGAUUCGACGGCUUACUACUGGACUUGAAUGAGCCAACCUACCCUCGCGAGAGCAACCGAUCAAGCUCUAAGUGUACGGAAAACAACUGGAACAACCCACCAUAUCCUGUUGGCUUUCAGCACGGGGACAGCGGAAUGUUCGAGAACAGCAUGUGUGGUGACGCAAUCCAGUCGGCCGACAUCCACUACAAUCUGCACAACCUCUACGGCUAUCACCACUCGGAAGCGACUUGGAAGAGCCUGAUAAAUAUUAUGAAGGAACGAGGCGGUCAGAGGCCCAUGAUUUUGAGCCGUGCUACGUUCUCCGGCUCGGGAUCCUUCGGCGGACACUGGUUUGAGGAGCCUGAGUGCAACUGGGAAGGACUGCGCAGGACUAUUGUUAAGGCUGUCGAGUUCUCCAUGCUUGGAAUGCCGCUGGUUGGCGGCUACUGUCACUUGUCUAGGGAACGAGAAGAUGUCCGUUUAGCGUGGCUUCAAGCGUCAGCGCUGCUUCCACUGUCUAUCACAAGAAUGAGACCAACAGAGGACAUCGAGGUAGAUGAAGCGACGACAAGGCUCCUGAAUGCGUCAGCGGCCGCUCUUGCAGCCCGGAAACGUUUGUUGCCCUACAUGUACACCGUCUUCUACGAGGCUCACUUGACCGGCGGUGCCGUCCUGCGAGCCCCAUUUUACGAGUUUCCAACGGACCCUUACGCGAUGAAUAUCAGCCACCAGUUCAUGUGGGGUUCUGCCGUCCUCGUCUCCCCCAGGGUACAAGAGGACAAUCCAGUAGUGGAGGCCUACUUUCCAGCAGGCCAGUGGUGCGACCUCUACACGGGUGAAGCAAUCAAUCUACAUCGUGGAGGAUACGUCCCACUAGACGGCGAGAAGGUCCCCCUACACGUCAAGGGUGGUUCCAUAAUUCCCUUGCUUCGUCCCGACGACGACCAAACUAGUACUGCAAGAAAGGUGGAGCUUUUCGUCUGUCCUGACCAGAACGGAGAAGCAACGGGUUUCCUGUACUGGGACGAUGGCAUCACUUACUAUAAAGACAUGAGAACGGCGCCAGCCAUACGUCUCAACUUCACUUUAACCAAGGAGCAAAGGAUAUCGAAUUUGACCAUAUCAGCUGUGGAGAAUAGCUACAAAAUACAAGCCGAACUGAUUAUUAACUCUGUGACCAUGUGCAAUGCAGCUUCUUCUCCAGCUUCAGUGUUGUUGGAUGGGAAGACAGGUGCCAACGCAACAUACGACUCAAACCUUCAGGUUCUCAAGAUGGAACCGCUAUCCAUGGAUGCCAUCAGCCAUGACAUUGUUAUAACAUUCUAGAUAAUUGCAACUGAACGCAAGAAAACCAAAUUCAUAGCAUCGGCGUCUCUUUUGUGUAAAGAACCACCAAUUUGUACGAUGCAAAGUAUGUUAAGUUUAUGACCACACGUUCACUUAUUUGCACCAGAAUAAAAGAAUUAAGUUCUGUGAUUUCCCUCUAUAUUUUCUGCUGACAGUCGUAUCGGAUAACUUUGAGGUCUGUGGUCACAAAGGAAAGACACAUUUAUUGCAGUUUACGAGAUAAAAUAAGGAGUGAAAUGCAUGUUGAGCUCAUAAAUUAUAUAUUAGGAAUUAUUAUUUAUUCCAAAUUUUUUUUACCACAUCUUGGUGAAAUAAAUAUACACA